AUGUCGCUUGAAAGCGUUUUGGGUCCACCACCGGCCCUUUUCACCACUCUCCUGGAUAUCCCGAUUCCAGACUGCCUUAUUUCUGUUAAUGGAUCUGCCCCUAUGGCUGGUAAUGAAGACCGACUUCGAAAAGCGAGUCCAUUCCUUGCCACUCUACUUUCGGAGCGUGAAUUCCAGGUUUGUAGCCUUUACAUUAACUGA